UACAUUGAAUAAAUUUACAUAGAAUGUUUUGCGCUCGUCAGCGCCAAUCUGCUAUCCGCGUGAAUGUGAAUCUCAAAUUUUUAUACAGUGGUGCAGUGAACGUUCGACGUUUGAAAAUUAAUUUAAAUUCUUCGCGACGAUCAGCGCGAUACUUGAGAAAGCGUUCGCUCUCGUCGAAGAAUGUCCGGUGAUGUGCAACCAAGAAAACGGAAGGAAAAACGACGUAAGAAAGAUGAUGAAGAUACUGGUACUCCACCACCUAUUUUGAUCAGUCCGACUGAUCCUGCUGCCGAAAAUGUCACUAUUCACAUUUAUAAAGAGAAUAGCACAGGCGGACAUUGGUGUGCACGAAUCAUAUUUUUUAUUUUAUUGGCUGUUCUUGCAGGAGUAAUUGGUAUAAUUAUCUUUGAACAUAGAGGAACUACAGAUGUCGAUACGCCGAUAGCAUCAUCACGUUGGGCAAGUAUAUUUGAAGGCUGGGUAGAUGAUUCGCCAUCUAAUCAUGGCGAUGCAUCGUAUGAGCGGGAAGAAAAGCUGGAAAUAAGCGAAGAAAUGGAGGAGAAGAAAGAGGAGGAGGAAGAGGAGGAGGAGGAGGAGAAAGAAAAAGAAGGUAAUGGAAUUAUAGAACAAGAUACGGAAGGAAUUAGCGAAGAAGAAACAGAAGGAGAGGAGGAGGAGGAGGAGGAGGAGGAGGAGGAGGAGGAGGAGGAGGAGGAGGAGGAGGAGGAGCAAGAGAUGGAGGAAAGAGAAUGGCAAGGAGAAAAAGAGAUAACAGAAAAAAAUAACAUAGCAGUUAAAGAAACAGAUGGGGAUCAAAACAAACGGGAACAAAAGGAAGACAAAGAUAUUAAUGAAGAAGUUGAUGAAGAAGGAAAUGAUAAUGACGAUGCGCUACAAGAGUUUGAUACUAUUGAUAUAUUGGAAGAAGUUGAUGAGACAAAUGAGAAUGAAGAUGCAGAUGAUGAAAAUAAUAUAACGGAUGAUGCUGAUAUGGAACUUGAUGAAUUUAGUACAGAGAUAGCUGACAAUUCUGCAGAAGAAAAGAAUAAUGAUGUAUCUGAGGGAUUUCCAGGUAUACCGGGUGUUAAUGAAAUCGACGAUAACAGUGCUGAACCUCUAGAAGAGAUAGAAGGUGAAGCAGUCGAAGAAGAAAAUUUAAAUGAUGCGGAUAAUGAACUCGAAGAGGAAGAAGUUGAAGAAGAACCUACUAGUGUGGCUGUGAAGUUCGGAGUCGGUGUUGCACUUGUUAUUGCUGCGCAUUUUGUUCUUGUUAGACGAUGGAAUAAUGUUGAUAUUGGUACUUUCCGUUCUCUGCAUGAUAUAACCAACGUAUCUGCAGAUUUAUCAAGACGUGAUACAAUAAUUUCACCUCCUCAUCUCAAACAAGUAAUUAAAUCAAUUGAGAGAGUUGAAAAUAAAACACCUCUGCAAGUACAAGUAAAAAAUUAUGAAGAUUUAAGAUUGAAAUAUAAUGAGUUGCAAGAAAAUAUUUCUUUAACUGACUUAACGAAAUCUGCAUUGUCACAAGAUGAAGCACAAGUAAAAGAAAAACGGUCAACUCGAAACACAACUAAAGAAGAAAUGAAUGUUAGACAUGGCCAAUCUAAGAUAUCAUCUGAGGAAGGAGAAGAGGAAGAAGAUUACGAAUUAGAAACAUCAGAAGGUGAACGUGUUUCUGAAAUAGAAGAGUACGAUGAAGAUCAAGUGAAAGAUAAAGAAGAACAAGAAGACGAAGAGGAAGAAAACGACGAGGAAAUCGAAAAUGUUGACGAUUCUGAAUUAAUAGCUAAACUCGACGCAAAAUAUGGAAAAUUACCUACCCCACAAGAUAGUGAAGUUGAAGAAGAGGAAGAAGAGGAAGAGCAGGAGGAAGAGGAAGAGGAGGAAGAAGAAGAGGAAGAAGAGGAAGAGGAGGUGAUGGAAGAGGAACAUAAUAAAAUGCCAAAAUGGAAACGUGUUAAAGAGUUAAAAGGCUCACAUAUGGAACUUCAAGCGAGAAGAUCCAUUCAACAGACAGAGAGGGAGAUUAAGCAUGUGGAUAGUAGACAACCUAAAAGAGAAGAAAAAGUUUAUAACUUCAGUAAGAAUACAUCAAACAUAGAUGAUAUAAUCACGUACAAAGAAAACAAUUCUACAGAAUCCCAGGUUGGCAAAGAAUUUUACGAUUAGAGUAUAUAUGUUCCUGUAAAAUAACUUUUGGAAACAUAUCUGUUCUUUUCUUCUUCGAGCUAAAACAUUACUAUUUCCUCGACGUUUAUGUUUGUAUCAUAAAUAUGAGAUGUAUAAUUCGCAGUUUUUAAAUAUUACAAUAUGAUAAUCGCAUCAAUAUCAUA